AUGAUGUCCGCCGCACCGAAUGCGCUGGGAAACGGCCGUCAUCGCCGCCAAAUAUCCACACCAGCAGCACCAUUCGAGGUCGCCGCGCAGGGAAUUAUGUCCAACAUGCAACCUCGCCGCUCACAUCGUCGAGGCCAAACGGUGGACUUCAGCUCAUUUAGUCCACAAGUCGCCAUGGACCAACAUCACAUGCCGAAGACGGUUUCGCAGCUACGAGACUAUUUUAACGAAAAAUCAGGUUACCCAUGUCAACAAAGGAAUAUCCAUCAGUAUCAAUCUUAUGCCCAACAGCCCGAGCAGUCAUAUAUGCCCUCGGGUAUGCCUGUGCAGCAAUCAUAUCAAUAUCAGACCUCAUUUGGCUCUGACUGCCAGGCCUUCAACCAAGAACAAUUGCAAGCGAUCCACGCCAGUACCGGCAGCCCUUCGCCAUCCUCAAUUGGUGCUCCUCCUCUCUCCCGGUCAGCCAGCGAAUGCUCUGAAAACACGCCAUUGAAGCUCGCUCUCCACCGCAUGCAACAAGAACAAUUCUCAAACCAGCAAACCCAAAAUUUUAUUGACAAUGCGGAUUGGGAAUUGUUCCCCCAGCGGAACAUGCCAAUUGCCCAGAACGAGCAAGUGACAGCCUAUGCAGGAUCCAUGCAUCCAGUCUCUGUUCAACCAAAGGCUCCUUCCGCAAAGAUUCUGUCUCAUAUUUCUACUGAUUACACUUCCCCCUUGACCCCAGAUUCUACCCCUUUGAAGAGAUCCAUUGAUUAUUCCAUGUAUAGCAAUGACCCAACACCUACCAAGUCCCAAAGUUUUUCAUUCCCCCAUGUGCCUGCUUCCUGUGGAAUGCAGAAAACCCAGUCCUUUCAAGGAGUCCCCCGCGUCAACCCCAUGCAAAUGAAGCACCAAAUUCCCUCGCCUGCCAAUUCCCCCACCGGAUCCUCGUUCACUGAAGUUGCGGAUAUGCCAUCGCCUCGCUCUUAUGGAGUGACCCCUCAAAAGUCCAUGAUCUCAGCGCCGUCAUCAAUCGCCAAGACAAAGAAGGAAUCUGUGUCUCCUGCGCCAUCUGCUGCUCAAUCAACUACCCAUGACGGAGAUCUCGAUGCAAGAGUCAAGGCGUCCGUCCAACAGACUGGCGUGUCUACUGAUGAGAUUGCCAAGUACAUUUCAGGGCCCGAUCCCAAAGAUGGCAAGUGGGUUUGUCUUUUCACGGACUGCCUAUGCCGCUUUGGUCGCAAGGAGAACAUCAAGUCUCAUGUCCAAACUCACCUUGGAGACCGUCAGUUCAAGUGCGAUAUCUGUGAGAAACAUUUUGUGCGCGGUCAUGAUCUCAAGCGUCACCUCAAGACACACAGUGGCAACAAGCCUUUUGCGUGUGCUUGUGGCGCAAGCUUCGCCAGACAGGAUGCUCUUACACGCCACCGUCAGCGUGACAUGUGCGUUGGAGGAUUUACCGGAGUGGUUCCCAAGACAACUAAGCGUGGCCGUCCCCCAAAGACAAAGAGCAGCCGCCCAGAUGUCGAUGCUCGCCAGAUCAAAUCUAGUCGCACUCGUCAACGCGUUGCUGAAAAGGCCGCGUCGCUCUCAAUUCAGACGCACCGUACUCUUCAAGAGGCUCCUGUGUUCAACUCGCCAAACUACGCCCCUUCCAGUGCCGUCUCGUCAUUCACGCCCCCUGCCUCUCCUGGGAACCGAUACAACGAUAUCUCCUCGCCAUGCGGAACGUACAACUCUCUUGACGUCAAACUCGAAGAUGACAUGCUACCACUAUCUCCCCCUCAGCUCGCCCAUGCUAGAUAUGAGCAGGCUAUGGCUCACUACGGAUCAAACCUGACUUCUGAGUCGUACUCGCAAGAGUCCAUCUACAGUGGUUCUGCCCUUUCUCCUCGAGAAAUGUCAUCUCCUCACACAGCACCCACCUUGAUUGAAUCUUCCAUUGGCUCAGACAUCGAUAUUUUCAUGACACAAGACCCAUCUGAUGAACUGCAGAAGGAGUUUGGACACCUUACCAACUCCGGUAUGCCCAGUUUCCAAUCGUAUCAGUUCAUGGACAGCAGCGACUUUGUCGCAUCGUCUUUCUACCCCGAGAAGCACUUCUCUGGUCUACCCACGCUGGAUGAUGAGCUGGCAGACCCCAUCGACUGCCUAUCCAAUGAGUUCUUGGUUGACCCUUGA